GUCUGAUUUGUUCUUUGCUAUAUCCCUAGCGACUAAAAUUGUGUCUAGCACCUUAGGCGCCCGCGUUUGUUGAAUGAAUGGGUGAGUGAAGCAUCCGCGGGCUGACCACCUGGGGGCGACAGAGAUUCUGCGGGGCGGAAAAGAAAAUGUACGGUUCCGCGAGACUUGGACUCUAUCGGCCACCGUCGUGCUCAGACCGGAAAAGCGCCGCCGGAAGCUCCGGGGUCCGAGAGGGCGGCUUUGGGCUGUUGGAAACCGAACCUCGGGGCCCCGGGCGGUUCCUGCGCGGCGGCUGGGCCCCUCCGGGCUCCAGGCCUUCGACCCGCCCGGUGCCCGCGCGGCCGCUGGGCCCGUCCAGACUCCAGGCCUCCGCCCCGCCGGGCGCCCGCGCGGCUCGGGGAGCGGGUCGCCAUGGCGACGCCGGCGGCGCUGGAGCGCUGGGUGCAGGACGAGCUGCACGCGGUGCUGGGGCUGAGCGAGCGGCACGUGGCGCAGUUCCUGAUCGGCACGGCGCGGCGCUGCAGCUCGGCCGAGGAGUUCGUGCAGCGCCUGCGCGACACCGACACCCUGGACCUCGGCGGGCCUGCGCGGGACUUCGCCCUGCGACUCUGGAGCAAGGUGCCUCGGGAGGCGGUGGUGGAGAAGCCAGCCCGGGCAGCCGAGCGAGAGGCCCGAGCCCUGCUGGAGAAGAACCGAUCGUAUAAGUUGCUGGAAGACAGUGAGGAGAGCAGUGAGGAGAGUGUGGGUAGGGCUGGGAGCCGUCUCCAGAAGAAGCGUAAAAGGCGGAAACACCUCAGGAAGAAACGCCAGGAGGAGGAGGAAGAGGAAGAAGAAGAGGAUUCUGCGAGAGGGAAGAAGACAGGGGGGAGCCGACAGCAGACAGAAAAGCCGGAGUCGGAGGAUGAAUGGGAGCGGACGGAGCGAGAGCGCCUCCAGGACCUGGAGGAGCGCGACGCCUUCGCGGAGCGGGUUCGGCAGCGGGACAAGGACCGGACCCGCAAUGUCCUGGAGCGGUCAGACAAGAAGGCUUAUGAAGAGGCGCAGAAGCGCCUCAAGAUGGCUGAGGAAGACCGGAAGGCCAUGGUCCCUGAGCUGCGGAAGAAGUCCCGCCGCGAGUACCUGGCCAAGCGGGAGCGAGAGAAGCUGGAGGACCUGGAGGCCGAGCUGGCGGAUGAGGAGUUCCUUUUUGGGGACGUGGAGCUGAGCCAGCAUGAGCGGCGAGAGCUCAAGUACAAGCGGCGAGUGCGGGACCUGGCCCGGGAGUACCGGGCGGCCGGCGAGCAGGAGAAGCUGGAGGCCACCAAUCGCUACCACAUGCCCGAGGAGACCCGAGGACAGCCAGCGCGAGCUGUGGAUCUGGUGGAGGAGGAAUCGGGCGCCCCCGGGCCCGGCUGGGGGCCGCCGCCAGGCCCGGCUGGGGGCCGCCGCCCUGCCUCCCAGGAGCCCAAGUACCAGCUGGUACUCGAGGAAGAGGAGACCAUCGAGUUUGUCCGGGCCACUCAGCUGCAGGGCGAUGAGGAGCCGGCAGCUCCGCCCUCUCCCACCCAGGCCCAGCAGCAGGAGUGCAUCCAGGCCGUGCGCCGCAGCCUCCCCGUGUUCCCCUUCCGCGAGGAGCUCCUGGCUGCCAUUGCGAGUCACCAGGUCCUCAUCAUCGAGGGCGAGACCGGCUCGGGGAAGACCACCCAGAUCCCGCAGUAUCUCUUUGAGGAGGGUUAUACAAAGAAGGGUCUGAAGAUCGCCUGCACCCAGCCCAGGAGAGUGGCCGCCAUGAGUGUGGCCGCCCGAGUCGCUCGGGAGAUGGGCGUGAAGCUGGGGAAUGAGGUGGGCUACAGCAUCCGCUUUGAGGACUGCACGUCAGAGCGGACGGUCCUCCGCUACAUGACCGACGGCAUGCUGCUCCGCGAGUUCCUCUCGGAGCCCGACCUGGCGAGCUACAGCGUGGUGAUGGUGGAUGAGGCUCACGAGCGGACCUUGCACACGGACAUCCUCUUUGGAUUGAUCAAAGAUGUGGCUCGCUUCCGACCUGAGCUCAAGGUCCUGGUGGCUUCGGCCACACUGGACACUGCCCGCUUUUCCACCUUCUUUGAUGACGCCCCCGUCUUCCGGAUCCCUGGACGCAGGUUUCCAGUUGACAUCUUCUAUACCAAGGCUCCAGAGGCCGACUACCUGGAAGCCUGUGUGGUGUCUGUGCUGCAGAUCCACGUGACGCAGCCCCCCGGGGACGUCCUGGUGUUCCUGACGGGACAGGAGGAGAUCGAGGCUGCCUGCGAGAUGCUCCAGGACCGCUGCCGCCGCCUGGGCUCCAAGAUCCGGGAGCUGCUGGUGCUGCCCAUCUACGCCAACCUGCCCUCCGACAUGCAGGCCCGCAUCUUCCAGCCCACGCCCCCCGGGGCACGCAAGGUGGUUGUGGCAACCAACAUCGCCGAGACUUCACUCACCAUCGAGGGCAUCAUUUACGUGCUGGAUCCAGGGUUCUGUAAGCAGAAGAGCUACAACCCUCGCACAGGCAUGGAGUCGCUCACGGUCACACCCUGCAGCAAGGCCUCAGCCAAUCAGCGAGCGGGCCGGGCUGGCCGGGUGGCGGCCGGGAAGUGCUUCCGCCUGUACACCGCCUGGGCCUAUCAGCACGAGCUGGAGGAAACCACGGUGCCCGAGAUCCAGAGGACCAGCCUGGGCAAUGUGGUGUUGCUGCUCAAGAGCCUAGGGAUCCAUGACCUCAUGCACUUUGACUUCCUGGACCCUCCCCCGUAUGAGACCCUGCUGCUGGCGUUGGAGCAGCUGUAUGCUCUGGGAGCCCUCAACCACCUUGGGGAGCUCACCACGUCUGGUAGAAAGAUGGCAGAGCUGCCAGUGGACCCCAUGCUAUCUAAAAUGAUCCUGGCUUCUGAGAAGUACAGCUGCUCAGAGGAGAUCCUGACAGUGGCCGCCAUGCUGUCCGUCAACAACUCCAUCUUCUACCGGCCCAAGGACAAAGUCGUCCACGCGGACAACGCCCGCGUCAACUUCUUCCUCCCUGGGGGGGACCACCUGGUUCUGCUAAACGUGUACACACAGUGGGCUGAGAGCGGUUACUCUUCCCAGUGGUGCUAUGAGAACUUUGUCCAGUUCAGAUCGAUGCGCCGAGCCCGGGAUGUGCGAGAGCAGCUGGAGGGGCUCUUGGAGCGGGUGGAAGUUGGCCUCAGUUCCUGCCAGGGGGACUAUAUCCGUGUCCGCAAGGCCGUCACUGCCGGUUACUUUUACCACACAGCACGGUUGACUCGCAGCGGCUACCGCACAGUGAAACAGCAGCAGACAGUGUUCAUUCACCCCAACUCCUCCCUCUUUGAGGAACAGCCUCGCUGGCUGCUCUACCAUGAACUUGUGUUGACCACCAAGGAGUUCAUGCGACAGGUAUUGGAGAUUGAGAGCAGUUGGCUUCUGGAGGUGGCACCUCACUAUUAUAAAGCCAAGGAGCUAGAAGAUCCCCAUGCCAAGAAAAUGCCCAAAAAAACAGGAAAGACACGUGAAGAGCUAGGGUAAAGAAAAGAAACAUAAACACAACACGACAUCAGCUCCAUCUUCUCCAUGUUAUUUAUAUCCAUUAAUAAAGUAGUUUUGGAAUAAA